AUGAGGCCAGCUUUGCUGGCAUGGGCGCUUGCCGCAAUUUGCGCCACAUCCACUGCUCUUCCACCGUGGCAAAAGGAAGCAAAGGAGUUGUCAGAGGAUGCUGUGGCAGGAGAAACGCCAGCAGAAGGCGGAGAGGCCGUUACGUAUACCACCUUCAAUGGCAUCAAGGUGCCUCCAAUGGUAGAGAUUGAAGGCGUCAAAUUCGAGGAAACGAUUAAGGAUGGAUACUGGUGGGUAAAGCACUACUCACCAUACUGCGGACACUGCAAAGCCAUCGCUCCCCAUUGGCAGACGCUCUACGAGUUCUACGCGACCUCGGACCCUUUGGAUGGCCUCACCAAGUCUGGACAGCCCGAUCUGUCCUCUCCGAACAGUUUCCAUGGAUACUACAACUUCCAUUUCGCUUCAAUCAAUUGUAUCGCUUAUGGUGAUGUUUGCGCAAAGAACGGCGUACAGGCGUGGCCCACGUUCAUACUGUUCAAGGACGGCAAGAUCGUUGAGAAAUACACUGGCGGAAAAUCCAUGGAAGCAUUCAGCCACUAUGUCGAAGAAAAACUCGAACAGAUCAAACCAGGUUCGAGAUCAAAAGACGGAGUCAAAGUUCCCAAGCCAGGCGCCAAAGGCGUUGAUCGAGCCGCCACUCCUGAAACUCCGCUCGCGAAGGACAAGGACACCGCCGCCGGGGUUGCAGCAGGUAACAAGCAGAACAAUGCGGCUGCGGAGGUAUCCACAGAUACCACUUCCGCAAUGCUGGCUUCUGAAACCGCGAAACUUGGUAGAUCCGGGGCAAAGACCGGGCCUGUACCCAAUCUCAAAGGCACUUCGGUGCCCUUGACCCCAGAAUCGUUCCAGAAGCUCGUUACAACGUCUCAAGACCCAUGGUUCAUCAAGUUUUAUGUUCCAUGGUGCUCACAUUGUCAACAUCUGGCACCUACGUGGUUAGAGUUGGCCAGGGAGAUGGAAGGCAAGCUCAACGUUGGAGAAGUCAACUGCGAACAGUCAACCCGCUUGUGCAAAGACGCAAAGGUCGACGGCUACCCGACCAUUUACUUCUUCCGAGGUGGAGAGCGUGUGGCUUAUGAGGGUCUACGAGGCCUGGGCGACCUACUUUCAUUCGCCAACAAGGCGUUGGACAGCGACGUCAAGUAUGUCGACGCUGCGGCGUUCAAGGAGAUGGAAGAGACCGAUGAAGUCAUCUUUGCCUACUUCUUUGACGAUGCCACUACUUCUGAAGAUUUUGCAGCUCUGGACAGAUUGACGCUCAGUUUGAUCGGACACGCAAAGAUUGUGAAGACCGACUCCCAGAUUUUGGCCAGCCGUUUCAAAAUCUCGACCUGGCCUAGAUUGCUCGUGUCGAGAGACGGCCGACCCACCUACUACAAUGCUCUCUCUCCACAAGACAUGAGAGACUUUCGCAAGGUGUUCACCUGGAUGCAGUCGGUUUGGCAGCCUAUCGUGCCUGAACUGACUGCCUCCAACGCAAGGGAGAUCAUGGCUGGCAAAUAUGUGGUGCUCGGCAUUUUAUCUCGAGAACGGCCAGAUGAAUUUCUUCAAUCAAGGCGAGAGCUGAAGAACGCUGCCCUCGAGUGGAUGGACAAACAGACGCAAGCCUUCCAGCUUGAAAGGCAAGAGUUGCGCGACUCGAAACAGUUGCGCAUCGAAGAAGCCGAAGAUCGUAACGACCAGCGUGCUUUGAGGCAAGCGAAGAGCCGAGUCAUCAGCAUCACAGAGGAAUCUUUCCGAAAGCAGGUCAGCUUUGCCUGGAUUGAUGGCGUUUUCUGGGAACGAUGGCUGCGAGCGACCUAUGGUGUGGACGUCUCCAAGGGCGAGCGGGUAAUCAUCAACGACGAAGAUAACCGACGAUUCUGGGAUGUGACCGAUUCCGGCGCCUAUAUCAUGCCUUCAAGGACGUCUAUCCUCGAAACUCUGCCGCGUGUCGUGGCCUCGCCACCGAAGCUCAAUCCAAAGUCGACGAUCGGUACCUUCGAGAACGUCUUCUUCCAGAUCCGCAACUUUGGAACGUACCAUCCUUACUUCUCUUUCGCCAUCUUGAUCAUGUCCGUGGUCAUGCUGCUGUACAUUCUGAAAAACGGCACCACCAUCAAGAAAAGCCUGAGCAGGAAUAGUAGUGGCUAUUUCCAUCUUGAUGGGAAGGAAGGCAUAUUAGGAACGACGAAUGGAAAGGCUGAUUGA